CUGGUGAAGCUCCGCGGCUCUCCCACGGGGAAACCAUGCUAGUCUCAUUUUGGUAGUUUACUGCCCUGAAACUCAGGCUGCAAUUCUCCAUCUCAUGCCCGCAUCCCCCCUCGGAACAACCAGUGACGCCAUCCGACUUCGCCCAUAGAAACUCGGGAGAGGCUCUGUAGCCCAUGGAGUUUCAAAAUGGAUGAUACCAGACUUGAGGAAUUUGUGCGACAGCUGUCUGAUCUUGAAGUCGCGCUUUUCCUCUCUCUGGUCGCGCGAGAACAUUGCCUCAUUGAGACUACUGGUGACCUUAUUGACGACCUUGCCAAAGAAUUAGCCUUGAUAACCUCACGCACCUUUGAUCUAUCAUAUUCCAUUUUUGAUUGUUCCACGGAAACCUCCAUUGAGGACUUCUAUGAUGAGAUUCUCACAGCGGAUGCCCGCAAGGGACAGGAACGGCCGUCUUAUUUCAGAUUGAAGACUGGAUCUUCGAGUAAUCUUUCGACAUCCAUGACACCACGGGUGCGCGAUCAGAGCAGGUCUCCAGCCCCGAGAAGCACAGCCGACGGAAUCAAUGUUGUCAACAUUGUCAUUGCCAAGAGCUUCAAUCUCGUCGAUGAUGACAUUCAGGUUCAAGCUCUACAGGUCAGUCUCUGGUCGUCGAUGAUGGAACGGUACUCACCAUCUUCACAGUUAAUGCGUACCCGAAAGUUAGCCACUGGGCCGGGAAUGUUAAACGCACCCACAGACUUCCUUUUCAUACCAGUAGUGGUACGAGAGACCGAUCAACUUGAUCCACCAUUGAAUACUCAUUUAAAUGAGCAUCUUCUCGUCUCUCAUUUCUACAGCUGGGUAGAUGGCUUUGUGUAUCUCGAGGAAGAUGAAUGGCUAUCCGACAGCCAACUGUCGGCUUCAUCGGUAAUCCACAAGCCAAAGCAUCGGCAGAAGAAAACCGUAAAUGUCGAUGAAACGAUGAUGGAUAAGCUACGAGAAGCCAGUGAAGCCGUCACUACAAGCGCAGAAGUAGUGCGAUACAUGCAAGACAUCGUUGUGUUCUUACGUCUGAGCCGCGCCGUUGGUGGUGGGAUUUCUGCCAAGGCAAAUUUCCAGCUCGCACGGUUUGCAAAAUUUCUUGCGCCAUUACACGGCAUCGAUUAUCUUACACCGUCUAUCGUCGCUCUCGCCGCAAGAAAGGUAUUCCGACACCGUAUUACCGUCACGGCUCCUGGUCAAGAUCGAAGUUUACAGUAUGGGAGUGAUAUGCUGGCUGUUUCCCAUGUUCUGGCAGAUGUCACACCGGAUUCAAUCUUGGAUGGCAUUUUGGAGCUGGAGCCUCCCAUUUGAUGAACACGCCAUGCGAGCGUUCUCGUUCUUGAGUUUCAUUGUAUUAUUUAAAAUUGGCAUUCAAAAUACCCCUGUAGCUAAUAGAUACUUUUUCUCACCGAAAAAAUUGUGAAUUGGAG